CUAGAACUGACUCUGCAAUCUUCGAUUCCCUCGUGAAUAAUAGCAUCGCAGUGACGUAUCAACUGGAUUAAGGACCGUGUACGAGGUAAAUCAGAAUACGAAUCAGAGCGGCCAAAGAACUUGCCAGGGCCAGUAUUGCUUUCGAGAGAUACCCAUACAGGUAUCUGCAAUUUUAGAUACAAAAGGUCACGGAUGUCUUUAUCUACACCGCUUUCAAAUACAUAGCGAAGGACACCGACCCGAAACCCUCGCGCAAAAAGUGUGUUGUGUAAGGGGCAACACAUUGCAUGGAGCAAUGCCUGCCCCAGGAGACGGAGAACAGGCUAGAAUCGAGCAAGCUCGGAAAUCUCGGCCUCUUCGACAAAAGGUUGGAACAAGACGAUUGGGAAUGGGAAGACGGUAUCGAAGUUGCACGUGAUGGAUUGGUUUAUCCAAAAAUAAGUCCAGAUGGUAUGUAUGUAUUGCCAAGUACGGCAAGCUAAUACCGCCAUUCCGCAACAAUAAAUUUUUCGAUUUUUUUGCG